AUGCCCGUCGACCCCGCCGCGUUCGUGCAGCAGGGCAGGAAGAUAGUCGCGAUCGGCCGCAACUACGCGGAGCACAUCAAGGAGCUCAGCAACGACGCGCCGAAGGAGCCCAUGUUCUUCAUUAAGCCGACCACGAGCUAUCUUCCGUCGGGCGGGAACGUCGAGAUCCCGCGCGGCGUGACUGCCCACUACGAGGUGGAGCUCGGCUUGGUCGUAGGCAAGACGGGAAGGGACAUCUCGCAGGCGGACGCGGUCGCGCAUGUCGCGGGAUAUGCCCUCGCUGUGGACAUGACCGCGCGAAACAUGCAGGACGUGGUCAAGAAGAAGGGCCACCCCUGGAGCGCCGUCAAAGGCUUCGACACAUUCACGCCCAUCAGCCUCUCCCGCUCCGGUUGGGGUGUGUGGUUUAACGGCCGUCCGGAUUGCGUAGGUGAACGGUGUCACGAAGCAGGACGGCAACACCAACCAGAUGAUUUUCAAGAUCCCGCGCAUGCUGAGCACAUAUCCUCCAUCAUGACUCUUGAGGCGGGUGACCUCGUCCUGACGGGCACGCCCUCGGGCGUGGGUCCCCUCGUUCCGGGCGACCACGUCGCAUGUACGCUCACGGACAGCUCCGGCACGCAGCUUGCCGCGCUCGAAUUCCGCGCUGUGCAGCGCGAGGGCGGGUACAGCUUCCAGCCGUGA